GAUUUCAUCAAACCGCUCAAUUGACCAUUAAUCCCCCAAACCUCCGCCAUGGCGUCCCGCAGAUUAGCUUUGAACUUGUCGCAAGGCCUGCGAGCCCGCUCCGGCCUGUCAGCCGCCGGAUCUCUGCGACGAGGCUUUGCUACGCCCUCGACCGUGGGCAAGACCCAGACGACGACCCUCAAGAACGGCUUGACUGUCGCUACUGAGUACUCACCAUGGGCUCAGACUUCGACCGUUGGCAUGUGGAUUGACGCUGGCUCCCGUGCUGAGACCAACGAGACCAACGGCACUGCCCACUUCCUCGAGCACCUGGCCUUCAAGGGUACCGCAAAGCGAUCGCAGCAUCAAUUGGAGCUCGAGAUUGAGAACAUGGGUGGCCACCUGAACGCCUACACCUCGCGCGAGAACACCGUCUACUUCGCCAAGGCCUUCAACUCCGAUGUCCCUCAGACCGUCGACAUUCUGUCCGAUAUCCUGCAAAACUCCAAGCUCGAGCCUUCCGCCAUCGAGCGCGAGCGCGACGUCAUUCUCCGAGAGUCCGAGGAGGUUGAGAAGCAGGUCGAGGAGGUUGUCUUUGACCACCUGCACGCUACUGCUUUCCAGCACCAGCCUCUGGGCCGCACCAUUCUCGGACCCCGCCAGAACAUCCGUGAUAUUACCCGCACCGAGCUCGUCAACUACAUCAAGAACAACUACACUGCCGACCGCAUGGUCCUCGCUGCUGCCGGCGGCGUUCCCCACGAGCAAUUGGUUGAGCUUGCCGAGAAGCACUUCUCCGGCCUUGCCAGCCAGGGACCCCAGACUGAGGCCUACGUCCUGUCCAAGCAGAAGGCUGACUUCGUUGGCUCUGAUGUCCGUGUUCGUGACGACACCAUGGCCACUGCCAACGUUGCUAUCGCUGUCGAGGGUGUUAGCUGGAACUCUGAGGAUUACUACACUGCUCUCGUCGCUCAGGCCAUUGUUGGCAACUACGACAAGGCCAUGGGCAAUGCCCCUCACCAGGGCAGCAAGCUGAGCGGUUACGUCCACAAGCACGAGCUGGCCAACAGCUUCAUGAGCUUCUCCACCAGCUACAGCGACACUGGUCUGUGGGGUAUCUACCUCGUCACUGACAACACCACCCGCCUGGAUGAUCUCGUCCACUUCUCCAUCCGCGAGUGGAUGCGUCUUUGCACCAACGUCAGCGAAGCCGAGGUCGAGCGCGCCAAGGCUCAGCUGAAGGCCUCUAUCCUGCUGUCCCUGGAUGGCACCACCGCUGUUGCCGAGGAUAUCGGUCGCCAGCUGAUCACCACUGGCCGCCGCGCCAGCCCCGGCGAGAUCGAGCGCAAGAUCGAUGCCAUCACCGACAAGGAUGUCACCGACUUUGCUAACCGAUACCUGUGGGACAAGGACAUUGCCAUCAGCGCUGUUGGCAAGAUUGAGGGUCUGUUCGAUUACCAGCGACUGAGGAACACCAUGAAGCCUAAGUUCUAAGGGUAGAGGACACAAAACCGAAGAGGGGGGGAGGAAUUGUCUAAAAAAAAAAAGCAAAGACCCGGGUAUAGAGUGUAUGAGAUACCGUUUUACAGGCUUAGUGUACCAUAAAUUUCCCACAUUCUUAUAACCAGGUGCCGUGAGCGCGGAGAUGUAUGUGACGAAGAUUGUUUUCCAUUUGGACAAUGGUGCGAUAUUUCUAGGCCCCUAAUUGUUAAUAAGACGAAGCUAUCAAUAGCAACAAACAAUGAUGCGAAGCUCUC